AUGACCGAGGAAAUUACGUAUCGCCCGACAGAGGAAGCUGAUCUGCCAGAAAUCCGCGCCAUCAACGCGCGAUACAUUCUCAACACCUCCAUCACACUCAAGCGCGCCGUCCCACCGCUGUCCUCCUUCCUCACAAAGCACCAAUCCCUGCAGGCGCGUGGCCUACCGCACCUUGUCGCCGUUGACCGGCCCGCUGACGGCGCCGAGGACCGCGUGCUGGGCUACGCAUGCCUGUCGCCGUACCGCUCGUCCCAUCCGCCCACUACCGAGCUCAGCCUCUUUGUGCACCCGGACCACCAGUCCCGCGCCGUGGGAUCCGCGCUGCUGGCGCGCGUGCUGGCGCGCGUGCGGGCGGAGGAGGUGGUGCACCGGUGGCGGGACGAGAAUGAUGCUGACAGGGUGGUGGUCCCGACGGUGGUGAGGAGCGUGAUUGCGGUCAUGGCGGUCGAUCCGGAGGGCAAGGAGGGGGGCGAGGCGCUGAGGAGGUUUUACGCGAAGAGGGGGUUUGAGGAGAGGGGACGGCUGGUCAAGGCUGGGUUGAAAAGAGGACACUGGGUUGACAUUAUUCAUUUUCAGUUUUCGACUUUGGAGGACUGA